AUGUUAAAUAUCGCAAAUGUAGCACUUCAAAUCGCAAUUAUAUUAAAUAUAACAUUUUCUUAUCGUACUGAUUACAAAGUAUACCCUCACAAACGCAUAGAACGAAAAUGGCAAAGGUUCUGGUUGGACAACAAAACAUUUGAGAUUCCAAGUGACAAAAAUAUCACUAUUGAAUCCAAACCAAAAUACUAUUGCUUAGGUAUGAUACCCUAUCCUUCUGGUAGCGGAUUACACAUGGGCCAUAUGCUGGGUUAUACUGGGUUAGAUAUCGUGGCACGUUAUAAACGCAUGUGCGGCUAUGAAGUUCUAAAUCCAAUAGGCUGGGAUUCUUUCGGUAUUCCAGCGGAGCGCUAUGCCGAAGAGGUCAAUAGGCCAGUGCAAGAGGUGGUUGAUGAAAAUAUCAACAAUUUUAAGCGUCAAUUAUUACUAAUGGGCUAUUCAUACGAUUGGUCUAAGACGAUUACUACUUCUGAUCCCAGUUAUUACAAGUGGACACAGUGGACAUUCCUACAAAUGUACAAGAAAGCACUAGUUGAAAGGGCAUUUUGCCUGGCAAAUUAUUGCCCCAAAUUAGGCACCGUGUUAUCAAAUGAAGAGAUAAUAAAUGGGUUGUCGGAACGAGGUGGUUUUGAGGUAUAUCGCAAAAAAAUCCCUCAUUGGACUAUAAAGAUCACCAAGUACUGUGAUUGGCUAAACGAUAAUUUGGAACACCUUCAGGACUGGCCAGAGAAGGUGAUAAAUGCCCAAAGGAACUGGAUAGGUAAAUUAGUUGGCUAUUUGAUCCCAUUUGACACAGCGAGUUGUGAUAUAAAAUUACGGGCCUUUAUCACAGAUCCACUGGAAUUAAUUAGGUGCAACCGCAUUGAUGUUAGCGCGGAUUUUGAUGCACUUAGCAAAUUAGUCACUCCAAAACAAUCACAGCAAGUGUAUAAAUUGGCGGAUAAGUGCAAAAGACUUUCCAAUAUACAGCGAAUGAGGCUAGGCGAAAUAGUACAUACUGGUAUGUUUGCCAUCAAUCCCAUCACCAAAGCUAAUAUUCCAGUCUAUGUCAACCCUACUAUCUUAUCAGAUGUCUCUAACAACAAUGCUGAUAUGGAAAAUUGUAGAAUACAUACAAACGACCAAUUAACAAACGAAAUUGAUGGAAAUGCUGCAAAAAAUGGCGAAAUAUAUGCAAAUGAUUUCAUUAAACAUACAAAAUUCUUGAUGCGAGACUGGAUAUUUUCGAGACAACGAAACUGGGGAGAACCGAUCCCCCUAAUCAAUUGCAAUGGCCAAUACCAGCCUGUAGAUAAACUUCCAUAUAUAGAACCUAAACCUACGGAGACAAUGCCUCAAUGGGCAGGUUCAUCCUUUCACUUUGUGCGAUUUAUUGACCCUACAAACCAAUAUUGCCUAGUGUCCAAAGAACUGGCUAAUAAGUGGUUACCAGUGGAUUUGUACAUUGGUGGAUCAGAACAUGCUAUUUCACAUUUAUUAUAUUCUAGAUUCUGGUACAAAUUUUUGCACGACAUUAAUAUGGUACCCAAUGACGUGCCAUUCAAAAAAGUGUGCCUCCACGGCAUGUUACAUGAGCGGAAAUAUAUCCAUAUAGUUAAUGGUAAGGAAAUUGAAGUUUGUAAUAAUGAAGUUAUUCACUAUAAGGAUAAAUUUUACCUCAAAAAUGUCGAGGGAGGGAUUGAUUUCAAAACCAGUGUCAUUGCUAAAUGCGCCAAAAUGUCAAAGUCAAAGGGUAACAUUGUAUCCCCUGAUCAUUUAAUUGAACAAUAUGGUACCGAUGUACUGAGGCUACAUUUGAUGUUUUUAGGUCCAUUUGAUCGGGACAAAAUCUGGAAAUUAGAAGGGAUUUCUGGCAUGCAACGACUUAUAACCAGAGUGUACAAUCUAAUCGUAUGGAAUGGCACCAAAUUAAAUCACAAAAUUGUUGACAUUGUACCCAAUAAAUGCUACAAAAUGGAGACAAACAAGUUAAUUCACGGGGUAACUAAGGACAUUGAAAACUUGAAGUUUAAUAAAUCACCUGCUUUAUUCUCUUCUUAUAUGAAUUUCAUAAGCCGGUACACAAGUGGAAAGAUUAGGGACGAAGUUACACUGCAUGAUUUUACCUUAAUACCCUUAAAAUGUGUUAAGAUACUAGUAAAAUUGCUAAAUCCCUUUUGCCCACAUUUAGCAGAAGAACUUUGGCAAAUCAUCAAUUUACACUCAACAUCCUCAUCAGGAGCAAACCAGUCAACAAUAAAAUCAAUUAAGUCGUUGUGUUAUGAAGAAUGGCCGACUGAAAUGAUCUAA